UUUGUCGCGCCGGUCGCGACAAGUGGCGCCCGAACAGGGACCUGAGACAACGAGGAGGAAACCAAAAGCGGACCGCGCGGCGUCUAAUUCAGAAUUUUGCCGCCGACUCCGAAUUGAGCAUACCACCGGCAUUGCUUAUAAUUCCACAGGACAGGCUAUUGUUGAGCGAGCUCAUCUGACUCUAAAACAGUAUCUGCGAAAACUUAAAGAGGGGGAGAUAUUAAAGGGAAAGAUCAAGUAUUCCCCACAUGUGCAUCUCACUCUUGUGUUGUAUGUUUUAAAUUUUUUUAAUGUCAAUGAAGCAGGGCUGACUGCCGCAGAGCAUCGCUGGCGAAGGAGUCAAGAACCUCUCUUGAUGGCAAGAUGCAAAGAUAUGCCGAAGGCGUUUGGCGAGGCCCAGACCCGGUCCUUCGGAAAGGGCGAGGGUGUGCUUGUGUUUUUCCACAGGAUGAAGAGGCGCCGCGCCGGGUCCCGCUUCGGCUCCUCAGAGACGUUACGGUUGUGCCGAAAAAUGGCCGAAUUGACAGCGACGGAGCCCCCCCAGAAGCGACGACGGCGGAGUCAUAAGGCGGGUACAGCCACCUGGGGACAGAUAAAGAACCUGCUGACCCAGGCCGCUGAUGUAGUGAUGGCCUCAGGUGGAGCGGUAGCGACCACACAUGUCUUCUUGGCCUGUGCCUUCUCACUACAGCCGGGGAGUCUGUCCUCUAUUGGGCAUACGUGAAUAUUAUGUUUCUCCAGUUCUGCAGUUGCGUGCCUGUGUUCCUCCGCCCUCCAAUCUGAUUGUUGGAGAUGGGACCGUUACUCCAGCGAAAGAAGAUGGUCAUCAGUUAUACCGGCUGACGUGUCCUGCUUGUGCUUUGACCAAUUGUCUCCCAGUAGAUGGACCCUCUAGAAGUGGAAUGAAGGUUUAUCUGCUCUUACCACCUCCCUAUUGGAUGUUGCCAGUACAUGUUACAGGACCUUGGUAUCCUAAUUAUGGGAUGCAAUUGGCCUUAGAAAUCAGUGAACGGCUGCGCAGGACCAGGCGGUUUCUUGGACUCUUGAUUGCUGGACUCAUAGCAGCAGUGACUGUAAUUCCCUCUGCAACUGUAUCUGUAAUAUCCUUACAUGAAAGUGCCCAAACGGCAUCCCAUGUAAAUGAAUUGGCUCAUAAUGUAUCCAAGGCGCUUGCCACUCAAGAACGAAUAGACCGUAAAUUGGAAGCCCAGUUAGAGGCACUACAAGAAGCAUUGAUGUAUCCCGGUGAUCAGUUUGCUGUUUUGCGUACCAGACUUUCUUUAAUUUGUCAUGAUGCAUAUAAGCAUAUCUGUGUUACCCCUUUAGAGGAUACCAAUGUGACAUGGGGACAAGUGCGUCGUCAUUUACAAGGGGUUUGGCAUGAUGCUAACGCUAGCUUAGACCUCUCACAGCUACAAGAAGAGAUAAAUGCUGUUGCCAGUAGCUCGCUCGGUUUCCCUGACCCUGGAGAUCUCGCUGGAACCAUACUGCACCAACUUAAUGGGUUCAAGCCAUUUAAUAUUCUUCAGCAUUCCUUUGGGAUCUUUAUUGGAAUUGUUUCCGUAAUAUCUGUUAUACUUGUCUUGCUGUGUUGUUUCUGGAGAUGGGGUCUCACUGCCUCUACCACAUACCAGGCCAGGAUGCACGUGUUGCAAUUACAAACAACAGGGGGGCAUGUGGGGGGCCGGGCCCCGGCGCCAGGCUGAGACCGGGUCGAGCAACGUUCCCCGUUGACUCAGCCAACCCGGUGGUUCCCCCUCCCAUUCAUGUGGGAGGCCGGGCCCCGGCGCCAGGCUGAGACCCGGUCGAGCAAUGGUUCCCUGUUGACUCAGCCAACCCGGUGGUUCCCCCUCCCAUUCCCCCACUCUCAAGGGCAUACGAAAGCCU